AUGAGUUCCAGUGAUGAAGACGAGAAGUAUCUGUAUGGCUCCGAAGAUGAAGGUGCUGCGGCAUCGACAGCAAGCACGAACGACAAAAAACGGCCAGCAGAAGAUGAAGCAGGACAAGCAGCGACCCAACGUACCAAGACUGCUGAAUCGAGCAGUAGCAAUGAAGACGAAGACGACGACGAGUCCAGCGAAGGUGAGGACUCCGAAGAUGAGUCUGAUGUAGAGUUCAUCAUCGGGGUCGGGACAGAUAGCUCAAAACUGGACUCCAAGAAACCUGCAAGCUCCACAGCAAAUGGGGUCCCUAAGACAGUCUCAGUGACUGCCCCAACUCUGGAAGUGGCUCCGGCGAUCGGCAAACCGGUGGAUGAGGACGUUGCCCAAGAAGAGCCGAUGGUGGACGGAACAUCACAGGCCCAACCGGGUACAGAAAGGGUUCCCAUACUCGAUUUAAACGCACCCGGUAAACUUGGAGAUCAACUGGUAACUGAUAUCGAUCCUGAAGUGCUGAAGGAAAAGCCAUGGCGGCAGCCGGGUGCGAAUCUCAGUGAUUAUUUCAACUAUGGCUUCAACGAGCAAACCUGGAUGGAGUAUCUUCACAAACAAGAAAAACUGCGGGCUGAAUACAAUCCUCACAAAAUGCUUAUGGGCCUGCUGGCUCUUCAGCAGCAGGGAAAACUUAAUGACUCGGGAUCGGACGGUAAAGGUCAGGAUACUGGUAUGCAAGCUAUGCAAUCCAACAUGGCAGCACCUGGGUUCCCCAUGGGCAUGCCAUCUAUGUUUGGAGGAUUCCCAUUCCCGUUCCCCGGAAUGAUGAAUAACAUGAACCAGCAACAAAAAAAAUGA